AUGUUUGCCCCAAGAGUCUUCCGGCCUGCGUCCUCGCUGGUUCGAUCAUUCCACACAUCUGCCCCUGUCUACCGUGCGCCCUCCAUUCGGGACAUCACCCCCGACUCAACUGAAGAGUUCGUUGCACGUCAGAAGGAGUUUCGCGAGAACCUGGAAGUAGCUCGCAAGAAGAGAGAGCAGCAAGAGAGUCAGUCAGUCGGUGCUUCUGCUUCCACCUCUGCAUCUGCCCCAUCAUCCCCUGUUGCCCGUGAUCGCCUCCGUGAGUACGCUACCGCUCCCGCCGCCGCCCGCAAGGGCGACGCGAGCGAUGAAAAUAGUCCCAUCAUUGAUGCCGCCGAUGUUCUUGAUAACCAAGCAUUGGGCUCACUUUCUACCCACCGUUCUUUAGGAGACGAACACAAUUUAGAAGCCAACCGAUCUGCCAAACGCGGGCCACUCUCUUCCCUUAUUUACGGAACAAAAGAAGGCCAGCAGCUCGAUAAGGAUAUCGAGCGUUCGUUUUCGCAAGUCCUCGCGCGUGGCAAAUACGUCCACUCCAUCGUUUUCCACGAAGUGAAACCGGACCGAGUAGAUGAAUAUGUUGACCUUGUUGGCCAGUGGUACCCUCGGAUGGCAGGCACGGAAGAGAACCGUGUGAAUCUGGUGGGAAGCUGGCGAACGCAAGUGGGAGACAAUGAGACCUUUGUCCAUAUUUGGGAGUAUCAACGAUAUGAAGGUUAUCAUGCUUCUCUUCACAACAUUUCGUGCCAUCCGGAGUUCCCUGCAUUCGACCGUAAGCUCAAGGGGUUGAUCAAGAGCAAGAAAACUUCGUUGAUGCAGGAGUUCUCAUUUUGGCCUACAACUCCGCCACGCCGCUUGGGAGGUCUUUUUGAACUUCGGUCUUAUACACUCCACCCCGGAAACCUCCUAGAAUGGGAAACUCAUUGGCGCCGCGGUCUCAAGGCACGCCGCGAAGUCAUGGAAGGCGUCGGAGCUUGGUUCGUCCAGAUUGGGGACCUGAACACGGUGCACCACUUGUGGCAGUUUGCAAAUCUAGAGGAGCGCAAGGUCCGCCGAGAGCAAUCAUGGGGUAUUGAAGGCUGGGCCGAGACCGUGCAUAAGACCGUUCCGCUCAUUCAAACUAUGCAGAGCCGCAUUCUCAUUCCGAUGCCAUGGAGCCCUGUCGGUUAA